GUCUGUUUGUUUUGAUUGACUUAAUGUGGAUGUUGGUGAUUUGUAAGAAAAUGAGUUAAAAAGUUAAAUGAAUAACUUAAAACUAUGUAUCAAACACCCAAACGGAAUAAAUUGGGAUCCAAGGAUGAUAGUGGUAUAAAAUUGACACCAGACAAUCGUGUACUUAAAUCACAAUCCUCGAAUUCAGCAGACAAAGGAAGUACUUCUGGAGAAUCAAGACGAGGAAGACCCAACGCUGAUUUAUUAAGUACUCUCAUUUUAGAGGGCUCUACGUCUCCAAGUUCUAUUAAGUGUAAAUACUGUGGAAGAGUUUUUCCUAGAGAAAAGUCGCUACAGGCCCAUUUAAGAACUCAUACAGGUGAAAAACCAUAUGUAUGUGAUUAUCCCAGAUGUACUCGUAAAUUUGCACAGUCUGGUCAACUUAAAACCCACCAAAGGUUGCAUACAGGGGAGAAACCUUUUGUUUGUGCAGCCCCAAACUGUACUAGGAGUUUCACACAUGCCAAUCGACAUUGCCCAGAUCAUCCUGAAUAUACUCUUAAGAGAUUUAAUGCCAAACAUGAACCUAACCUGAAUAAGAAGUAUGAUGAUGCUCAUAACGCCGAAGUCAAAGAAUGGCUUAACAAUUGGGACAGAAGAAAUAAAUCGUCCAAUUCCAAUGAGAAUUUAGAUACAACUCCAAAAAAAUCCAUAUUCAAAUUAAACGAUUCAGUCUACAGUAGUGCAAGUUCAUCUUAUUUUUCACAUUGCUCAAAAUCCAGUCUAUUAGAUGAUAUAGAAAACUCACCAAAGUCUGACCUCGAAUAUGACAUAUCAAAUUUUAACUCUAGUAAUUCAGAUUUCGACAUGCAGGAGGCAUCACCUAAAAGUACUCCUUCAGAAUUACCAAAAAAACGAUGGUUAAGGGAAGCAGUUCAAAAUCAAACUCGCUGGGAAUCUACCAAUGAUUUAGCUUUACCUAUAAAUUGGGGAGAUGAACCUUGCACAGAAACUGAAAAGAAAGAGCAAUGUGAAAAACAGAAUCGUCCAUCUGUCCUUGUAUGUGUCCAAGGUGGAAAAAGUAAGGAAAUUUCAAGUGAAGAAAUUCAAGGAGCAAUGGCCCUAGUAGAGCUAAAGAACAGCAUUAAUUAUAGGGUUUAAUAUAAAAUAUUUUUUCAGGCUAAAGUGAUAUUUAACGAGAUAUAUUAUAGGUUACUUUCAGGGUGACAUGUCUUUAAAAAACUACCAUUUUAAUUUUUGCAUGCAUUUGUUUAGAGAAAAUUUUAUUGUUUAAAAUUAUUUGCCUAAACAAUCUCACUGUGAUUUGUAGUAAAAAUAAACAAACAAAAGUGAAAGAUUCAUUCCUCAGUGUAAAUACCGAUUUAACUAUAUAAUAACACGCCAAAACUAAAACUAUAUACUUAUUUGAAUGAUUCCACGAAGUAAUAUUGUAGUACUUCACUAAUUUACUUAGGUUAGUUGAAAAAGUAUUUGCUUCGUUUAAUAAAGUUAGUUAGUUCCAUUGUAAAAUUGAAAACAAGAGAAGUACUUGUAAGACAAUCCUGGCAGUAAGCCGAGAUGACCCGAGCGCCGAUCAUGUUCACUCUAAUUCGAAAGUAUUCUGACAAGACGCAAACUACACUAAAAUGACACUAGCAAUGCUGAAAUUACUGUGUACACUCUCUCUUCUUUUUUACGCGUUUUGACAGCCCCGCCUCUAGAUUGAACACUCCUAGCGCAAGGCAAAAGGACCUUAAUUGACGAGUGAACUGUCGUACUUAGGUUAACUCGACGAGAAUCUACUGCGGCACUGAAACUUAUUGCUAACAAUGAUAUUUUUUUGAAGGCAUGUUUAUUUAUAAUUGUAUGAAAUCACUUAGUGAUGACUUGGACAUCUUUUUGCAAGUAUUAUUGAUAAUUAGCAUGAGACUAAUUUUACAUAUUUAUACUCAUAACUUACUUUAUAUAUGGUUGAAACUGCGGUUUUUAGUAAUAGUAGGAGUUUGCUCCAUUAAAAGUUUUGUUACGGUAUCGAUCUCAUACUUUCGAUUAAUAAUUUGAGAAGCUGAAGACUCAAGACUAUUUCGAUUUAAAUAUGAAUUACAACUAAAUAAAUGUCAGUAAAGUUAAAGCAAGAGAUGUUUAGAGAUUGGUUGAAAUUUAAUGAAUAAGCACUUCAUUGCUGACAUAUUAGUCUUUUCUGGAGCAUUAGAAAGCUGUACUAAAUGUACUGUGUAAAAGCAAGAAACAACACUAAAUAAGUAAAAUUAAAUUUCUGGAUAGAGCAUCAAGUACAAAAUUGUCGGGAAAAGUAGCUCACAAUAAAAAUAAAAUAUUUGGGGUUUAUUAGGAGAGGCAAGAAAUAUGAACUUUACUUGUCCAAGAAAAUCUCUGGCAAAAAAUAAUAUAUUGGUGGUGAAACGCAAGAGAAGUUAUAAUGCACUUGUAAACAAUAUUUUUUUAAUGCAGACACAUUUAAUAUUGAAAUAAUGAUGUCUAUUACCAGCCUUUGAAUUUGAGGGAGUACUUGAAAUGAAAAAUAUCAAUUAAGAACAUAAACCAAUGUAUAUAUGAAAAUAUGAUAGAUUAGUGUAAUCUGUUUGUUUAGAUAAUGGCAUUGAGGCAUGAAAUCGGUACUUGUAACUAAAUUUUUUUGAACAGCUAUUUGCAUAAUUUGACAUCUGACAUAAAUUUUUAUUAUAUAUAAAUUCUAAUGUUUUUCAGGAAAUAAUUUUAGUAACUGUAUUAAUGUAGCUAAAUUUCUUUUAAAAGUAAUGUCGUGUGUCACUAUUCAUGCUUGUCUAGUUGCCUCAAUUAUAAAAUGAUACAAUUUAAAUAAUACACAUCCUAAUUUCUGUGUAUUCGAGGUAAAUUACUUAUUCUCUAGUACUAAUAUAAAUUAUUUAUUUGAUACAGUGCGAGUAACUCGUCGAACAGAGAGAUAUAAAGGAAUUAUCAAAAAUAUAUACAAUAUGGAUAAAUUGACUUGAAAUGUGUAGUGAGAGGAACAAAUAGAGAUCUUACAGAUUAGUUGGUUGUGGCCAUUAAAAUAGAAUUUGCAAAAAUAUUUCACGUUGUGAUCU